AUGUCACAGGCACCUUUGCUGGUGGCAAAUGCAAUGUUAUAUUCUUUUGCAAAUGCUACUGAGCAUCUGACAUCAAUCACCGACAAUGAACCUAUAGAGGAGGAAAGGUGGUCCGAAGAUGCCCCUCUUGGGUUGGGAAUACUCUGCAUAAUUUACGUUACCUAUGCCAUGAUCAUUUCGGUGGGUCUUCUUGGAAACGGGAUCCUCAUUAAAGUCUUUUUCAAGAUCAAGUCAAUGCAGACGGUCCCAAAUAUUUUCAUCACUAGCCUGGCUUUUGGGGAUUUGCUGCUGCUGCUGACCUGCGUGCCGGUAGAUGCUGCUUGCUACAUCGUGGACACCUGGCUGUUUGGAAGGAUCGGCUGCAAGCUACUGUCGUUUAUCCAGCGAACUUCUGUAGGAGUGUCAGUGUUCACUUUGACUGUGCUCAGUGCAGACAGGUACAAGGCUAUAGUGAAACCCCUGGAACUGCAGAGGGCUGAUGCAGUUCUGAAGACCUGCUUCAAAGCUGCCUGUGUCUGGAUCACCUCGAUGUUGCUAGCUGUCCCAGAAGCCGUGUCUUCAGAUUUAUAUGCUUUCCAUGUCCCGGAGAAAAAUGGCUCCUUUGAAACUUGUGCACCUUAUCCAGUAUCUGAAAGGAUCCUGCAGGAAGCUCAUUCUCUAGUGUGUUUCCUGAUGUUCUAUAUUAUACCACUAGCUAUUAUUUCUGUCUAUUAUUUUCUUAUUGCCAAAACACUAUACAAAAGCACCUCCAAUAUGCCAGCAGAAGAACACAGCCAUGCUCGUAAGCAGAUUGAAUCACGCAAGAGAGUUGCCAAGACUGUGCUGGUGUUAGUUGGCUUGUUUGCCUUCUGCUGGCUCCCUAAUCACAUCCUUUACCUGUAUCGCUCAUUCACCUACCACACUUCAGUUGAUACAUCUGCCUUCCACCUGGUUGCCACAAUAUUCUCCCGGGUUUUGGCCUUCAGCAAUUCUUGUGUCAACCCCUUCGCUCUCUACUGGCUGAGCAAAAGUUUUCGUCAACACUUCAAGAAGGAAGUUCUGUGUUGCAAAAGAAAAGUUCCUGCACGGCGACCCAGUAUUACCCAGAGUAAUACUCCUACUAGGGCAAUGUCAGUCACGGGCUCAGAAAUCAGUGUAACUUUGCUCACUGAUUAUAGUAUCACAAAAGAAGAAGAGAGUGUUUAA